AUGACACCCGCUGCCACCGGCCCGGGCAGCCCUCUCAUUGCAGGCGGUGCUAUGGCGGGCGGCGAUUUCAACGAUUUUUCCGAGGACGAGCUUGCUCCGAACCUUUUCGAUCUCUCUAACAGCCCAGAUACGCUUCAAACCUUCGACUCACUAUCCGACACGAAAGCCUUUCUUUCACCACAAGAAUUCCCUGGGGCGCAACUCCCCGACUCGCCGAACGGAUCGUACCAAGACUCGUCGUCAGAGUCGGCUUCGUCCAAGCGUUCGAUGUCCUCCAAAUUAGCUAUAAACCCAGCUGAAGUGAUGAUGGACGACGACGAUGUUGCGAUGGAAUGGGGACGAAACACCAACGACUAUCCCACUUUUGGUGACGACGACACAUUUGCUUUUGAUCGCAGCCACGCCGACGUUGACAUGUAUAAUUUUGGCAAUCCUGAUGGUUUUUAUGACGGCACUUUCUCAUUCGAAACCGCGUCCAGCAGUCCAGAAAUUGCAAAUGGCGAAAAUUUGGUCACAUCACCUCAGAUGCCUACAAUUCAUUCAAGGAGUCCCAACGACGAAGCGACGCCUAAAAGGAAGAAAACGCAGGGUCACCAUAAGGCCCAAUCACAAUACUCAGUAUCUUCAGCAAUGAAUGCACUAAAAACAAGCACAUCCCGUGAGGUAUCACCAACGUCCAAUAUGAUCAUGAGCCAUGGCGGUUCUCCGGCGGCUAUGUAUAACUUAUCCUCACCCAAUAACCAAAUGGAUUAUUCAAGAGUUAUGAAAAGAGCAAUGGGACACCCCGUGUGGCCAAACAAAAUGGACGUGGCGGCACAAUCUGUACCCGAUGUCUCGCACAUGCAGUUUGGCGGUCAGAUCAACCAGCCUAUGCCUAUGUCGCAACAUAUUCCAAUGCCCACACAAUUCAACUUUACUGGACGAUACGAGUUGACUAUUCUGCCUACGCCGCUCAAGUCGCGAGUCGAGACUCAGAUCCCAAUCAAGAUGGCCCUAUCGCCAAUGCCGCCCGGAAUUACCAAGCUACAUCUCCCAGCACACACUAUCUCGAAGCCCAAGCUACUAUACAAACCCGCACCCCUCGAGAAGUCGCCGGAUACGCUUGAACUGCAUGUCUCGCUGGUAUGCACGAGUGCCAUGGAAGCACCUGGGAGAAGGGAGGCCGCUCUCAAACGUGCGGCUCUUCACCCACAGGGCUAUCUGCCCCCUGUGGACGAUGGCGAGGAUGGCCCUCAGCACGGCGGCGACGUUCGUAUUUGCACAGGCUGCAUGCAGCGAGAGCGCAAGCGCGCGGCCCGGAAGAAGAUCAAGAAGCCAGAUGAGGAAAAGGUCUGGCUACAAGAUGAGGAGCGUCGUGUGAUCGUCUUCAACACGAACGAAGUCAAAGAAUGGCAGCCCGUCAACAUUGUCAUGGAUCCAGGUGUCUCCAAUGGCACCAUGCAAGUUGACGCCCCCAUGCGUAUUGCUUGCUACUGUCGCCAUCACGGUGAGAAAAUGGGGUUCAAUGUCAUUUUCACGAUUAAGGACUACCAGGAUAGACUCAUCGCCCAAGCUAUGUCGAACGCAAUCAUGAUCACCGAUGACCACAAGACUCACACGAUAGCACAACCCUCAACUCAACAACAACCGAGCAUUCCAGAAGCCCCUGUGCCAGGUCCUAUCUCGCAGGCUUCUAUCGAUGCCAGCGCUCUUUUACCCCCUACUCCUAAUGGAACCUUCCACAUGUCUCCAUCUAGCGGGGAUAUGUCGAGCAUGCACCGGAGCAGUCAGGUCUCAUAUCAAUCUUCAGUGUCAUCGAAAACAACAAAUGGUGCUGUUGGCCGGGAGCUCUCGCGUCCUGCUUCGCCAACCCUCGGUGGCCCAAUGGCGAAGAAGAGAAAGUCAAGCGCGUCUAGGGUACCAAAUGGUCUGACUAUGACCCGCCUGGACGCCUCUCCCUCGCCAGGAGCUCAGACAGCCCAGAUGCCCAACCCUUCAUCUCCGUUUGCCCCUAACCUUGGUGCCUUCUCUCAGGCCGACUCGCUAUUCGGACAACCGGGAAUACCCUUUUCUACUGGCCCUCCUACGCCAAGCAGCAAUGAUCAACCAGGGUUCUUCAACAACAACCGCUCCGCGAGUAUGGACAACCUGGCCAUGGCCCAGCUUUACUCAGCACCUGCUUCCGGACACCCAAGUCGGGCUCCUAGUCCGAACGGGCUUCGAAAUGGUGUUGUUGGUAACCCUCAAAACCAGUUUACUCAGGCUUUGACCAGCAGUCUGUACACGGUGCCUAUCAGCAUGAACCAGACACGAGCACCUCCAAUCAUCCACAAGAUCAUCCCCAACGAGGGCCCUAAGGUUGGAGGUAUCGAGGUCACCGUACUGGGUGCGGCCUUCUUCCAAGGACUUGAGGUCUGGUUCGGCGAACAAAAGGCGACCACUACUACCUUCUGGGGUGAAUCUUCGCUUGUCUGUCUACUGCCACCUUCAGCUGUGGCCGGACCUGUUCCUGUCACUUUCAACAGGCCAUCUGCACAGACUGCUCAAGCUUUCCCUAUGGGCAAACAAGCCCCCUUCUUCAAGUACGUUGACGACAACGAGGACAAGCUGAUUCGAAUCGCCUUGUCUGUGCUUGGAAACAAGAUGAGCGGUAACAUGAUGGAUAUCAAGGACAUGGCCCGAAGAAUCUUGGAUGACAAUGGCUCCUCGGGUUGGUCAGGUGGUUCUUCAGCUGGCCCCUCGUCAGGUGGCCAGAUGUAUAGCCAUGCUCCUUAUGCCCAUCUCGAGUCCCAGCUCUUGAAGUGCCUUGAUCUCAUUGACCUAGACGACAGUCAGCAUAGAACACGUUUGGAUCUUAGGAGGUCCACUGGACACACCAUGCUGCACCUUGCCUGUUCAUUAGGUUAUCACCGAUUUGUUGCUGCUCUCCUGGUCAGAGGUGCCAACCCUAACGCUAGGGACAAGGGUGGCUUCACGCCUCUUCACAUCGCGGCGAUCCAUAACCAAUCUGAGGUCGUCCGAAGGCUGAUGCUUAACGGCGCCGAUCCCACGCUUCGAAGUGUGUCUAACCUCAGCGCUGCUGACGUUUCUCAAGUGCCCGCGGUUGUGAAGACUAUUCGCCGCUUUGAGCGUCAAGUUCGCUCUCGCAGCAGCGGUGGCUCUCUUCACAGUCGAGCUAGCAGCGCUACAUCACUGCGAUCGCUAUGGGGGGAGCCUUUAACCAAGGCACAUACUCAUGAUGAGCCUGUUUCACCGGAUUCCAGCGAAGAGAGCCCAGAGUAUACAUCGGGCGACUUCGACGAUGAGGAUCCCGAUGAGGAUUCUUAUCUGAGCAUGAGACGGCCUAGUGGCUUCAGGCAGGACCGUGAGCGACCUAAUCUUCGCCGUCAAAAUACUGGCCAGUUGGAGGAAGAGCUGGCACCUGUUGCGACUCCCAUGGCUGCUGCAUCGGCCGCACUAAAGGAACAUUUCCAACAGCAACUCCACCAAUUCCAGCAGUCGAUUGCUUUGCAGUUCCAGAACCUCCCACACUUCCCUCAGAUGCCUCAAAUGCCCGCUUUGCCUGACUACCAGGCGCCAUUUAUGCGACGAGUGCAGCAAUUCAUGCCAGGCAUGACCGCACCUGCACCUCGGCCUGAUGGCGAGCAGCCUCAGCGCUGGUGGGACACAUCCUUGAAGGCGAGUGCGCCCGCACCCCCAGCAUAUGAAGAGAUCUAUCCCCAAGAGCAACUCGACCGCAAGCAAGCGUCUGCUGCCACAGCUGCAGUGGAGGCUGAGGCUGAUCAGAAAUGCGCGGCUUUGUUCGACCAAGCUACAACGACUGAGACCAAGUCGGUCGUGGCCAAUGAGGCCACCGAUUCUACCGAGGCCACAGAGCUCAGUGAAAUCACUGAGGUUACCGAGGUCAAGACAGAAGAGCUAGGAGUUCUCAAGAUCGGCCGAAAGAAUGCCAUUACAAAGGAGCAGCAGGAGCAAUUCCGCCGAGCACAUGAAGUAAAGAUGAAGAGGAUUAGCAGCGACCACAAUCUAUUCUUCAUCUGGAUUCCUCUUCUUCUUGUAAUGAUUUGCGCCAUGCUGUACAGCUACUUCCCCUGGCUCUUUACUUUCGUUUGGGCUUUUGUCCGUUCGCUAUACCAGAACGGAUUAAACAAGACCCAGCAGCUAAUUCAACAAAACCCUCUCGAGCGGGUUGUUGAAGUUUGA